AUGGGACGAGUAAUCGAGGAUGCAGCACCACCGAUUCCUUCAAAGGCUGCUCCAACCAGGAUGUCCGACCACGACGAGGACCUUCUUCGACGUGAGAUGUACGUCGACUAUAGCGCCCCGCAAGGGGUAGCCGCAUCCACUGGGUCUCCGGCACAGGAGUACUUCUACAACGGUGCAUCGCACCGCAUGUUGCCACUCAAUCCACAAGACAUUCGAGGAGACCAAGAGGUGAAAUUCAACCAUGGCGACCUCAAGUUUCUCUCUCUUCUGCUACGUGGCCACGAGUUGGAGCAGCAUGGUUUGGUCUUUGAUAAAGGGUGCUGGACCGAUGUCAACAAGCCGCUCGACAGGUUCAACUACUGCCGCCAAAGGCGAUGGGGAGUGAGGCAGCUCCUCAGGGCAGCAAAGGCUGACAAGAAGGGCCGCGUCAGAUUGCUGGGCAUUGACGUCCCGAUGAAGGAGACAAUCGGACAGGACUUGUUCCCUGUCAGGGUUCGCGUUGCCCAAGGCCACAACGAGAGAUUGGUCAGCAACGAAGAGGCCGACUAUCUCCUCGCAACGACUUGGCACAGCAAUCUGGAUGCUGACGAGGCUGAGGUGAGAUCGAGCGAGUUUGGUGUCACAGUGCUCUCCGCCGCCGACACCCCCAAGAAGAUCUACCACCGCACAACCGCCAGUGGCCUUCAGUCGAUCCUCAAAGGAGGCAUCAUCCCAGGAGCAAAGAGAUCUGGUCGUGCGCAUGGCUAUUUCUCUUCCUACCGCCUCAAUGAUGCCCGCUACCAAAGUGGCAUGAGAUCUAACAUGCCGAUCGAGAUCACGAUCGAUACAUUCAAAGCGAUGGCCUCUGGAUGCGAGUUCUUUACGACUGACUCCGAUGGCACCCUCACGCGGAACACCGUUCCGCCCGAGUGCAUCAUUUCGGCAGUCGACACUUCCAAAAAGGAUCAGCCGCUCUAUGUUGCCGAAAGCCCUGAAGCCACCAUCACUGGUGAGCCUGCAUUCAGAGCCAAGCGCGACUAUGAGGAAGCGGCGAGCUCCUCCAGCAAGGCCCCGCCAGCAGCGAAGACCCCGGCAAUCAAGCCCACGGCAGCGAAAACCUCGGCACCCAAGCCGACUGUGAACAAGAUGCCACCGACAACAACCUCGGUGGAGGAAUUCGCAGACGUUGCCAUGGACGAUGAUAAAGCCACCCGCGAGGGUGAGUCUUCUGCUGCUGUGGAUGUCGACAGCGACACAACCGAUGCGGGAGAGGAUGACCCAUAUCCGCUCGGGUCAUUCCCCUGUGCAAAUUGCCAGGCUGUCGUGGCGAAGGGGAUGCUGUUCUGCCUAAAGUGCAAAGCUCCCCAGACAGACGAAUCCUCCAAGGUGACCAGAAAGUUCUUUGAGAACAAAGGUCUUCGCCUUCGCCUUCUCGCGACAGCUGCCGCAGGAUCCCGCAAGCCGGUGGAAAACCUCAUCAGCGCCGACUUCAGACAGCUUAACGCAAGCACGAAGAAGCGGGGCCAGAUGUCCGCCGAGGCCACGGUUGUGAGGGACGCUAAGGAUCGUGUGGUUCGUGCUAACAAGCUCAGCUAUUCGAGUGUUGCAAGCCGCUGGGACCUUGAUGAGCAGUUCCAGAAGCGCAUGAUGCAGGAGGGUCGCAGUCUCGAGGACAUGCAUCGGUUUGACUAUAUCGCCAAGGCAUGCUUGCCGGACCCUGGCCGCAAUGAGGAACAGCGUGUGCUACGAGCAGGUGCGCAUUUUUCCUCGUCCUCUCAGACGGUUGCGCCAGGCAAACUCGUGUACUAUGCCCACUGCGAAGUGGAGCCCCUCCGCACUCUGCGCUUGACAGAUGAUGUUUGCAGUGUGCCCAUCGGUUUCACCUACAUGGGCGCAUUCCUCCCACCACGGUUGUAUGCGGAUAUCGCGAUGCACACCCCAGACGCUCGUCGCAUCUUGACCUUCGACGGCGAAGUGAACCUCACGGGGCGAACCAAUGUGGAAAUGCGGGAGGAGCUCAAGCACAUCCUGGACGACAGCUUGGUGUCCGCUGAGGCGCAAGCAGCACAGACCGAACGUUUGGCCGAGCAAAACCGGCAGGUCACCGCUCGCAACAGGAACACGCCCAAGGCGUCGAUCCCGGCAGCGGCCCCAACGUAUCAAGGCUACACUCAGGCGCAGUGGGACGAAUGGAACCGCAGCCGCCAGCAGAGCCGGCGGUACACCCAGGCAGAGUGGGACGCGUGGAACCGCUCCCGAACAUGGAUUGGACAAAUCCGGGAAGAGCGAAAAAUGAUUUGCCCUCAUAUCGAUGAGUCAGUUCAGAAAAAGGAGAAGGCGAGAAGCGAAUGCACAUGGUCCAUCCAGGCCACGGAUUUGCAAGCCUCUGAGCUGAACGAUGCCGUCUCCAGGCGUGGAGCAGAGCAUGGCUUUCCUGCCGGAAAGCGCAGUCUGCAGGAGCAGCUAAAGGAGCAAAAUGCAGCCGCAGAGACAAGAUUGGAGGAAGCUCGGCAGAAAGUCCAGGAGCUCUCUGACCGGUUGGUCAAGCAUGAAGAGCAUGUCGAGGCUCACCGAAGUGCUGGCAUGGAAUCAGACGGUGAGGCGCGUGAGGCUCUGCCACAUCUCAAAGAAGCUCUGGAGUCCCUGGAGCGUCAGGCCGAGAUCCUGGCGCGACACGACUCGGAGCUCAACGACAUGCGAGGGACGAAGGCAAUCAAGGAGGUUGCUUGGGCGAAGCACACAGGAAAUUUCACGGAGCGCAGUGAUCUGCAGGCCGGGCAGGGCGACAAGUACCGGCUGCCCUUGGCGAUGGUGGAUGCAGUUGCCCGACCAACUCUGGAACCGCCGCCACUCCUGGAUGGCGACCCUAGCCAGGAACAACAGAUUCAAGAUGGACCUGUAGGAAAGCUGAAGAGGAACUUGAAGAACUUGAAGCAGGCCAACUUUCAGACGAAGCAGGUACUGAACUUCUUCCAGACACCGCUAUGGCUAGCGAACUUCUUUCCGCAAGAGGACCUUUUCGGUAACGAGGACUCAGGACCUCCAAGUUUCCCAGAAGAGGAACUAAGGAGUCUAGAGUCUAGACCGCAGCCAUGGUGA